AAAUGGUUUAUAUGGGAUUCGACUGUCACAGUGUGAAGUACAGCCGUGUGGUAGAUCUGUUCGUUUCUUGAUAAAUUUAUUUAUUGACAAGGCAAUUAGGCCGUCCAGUGUCUCUCAAUAGUUAUAUUCUUACUUAGAGACCUAAUGGAUUGAGGAAUCUAAUUAACGUGGUGUUAUUAUUUAACACAUUUUAUUUAAAUUUAUCUGGGCCAGAGUUUUGUUUGAUGAAAAAAGACAAUUGUUAUUAAAUGAUGCUCAAAGUAGAAAGUAAAUUGGCCAACCGGUCACGGACAAGUAUAACAUCUAUUUUAGAGGAUUUUGUCAAUUUACGACGGAAAAAAGAGUCAGAUGCAGUGGGCCAGAAAUCAUGGGUUGAAAGGACAUUUUUAAAGCGUGAAUGCACCAAGUUUAUACCUAGUCCCAAAGAUUCAGCAAAGUGUUGUUGUGGAAGACUAGAGAAUUGGCAUGACACAGUCCCUAAACAGUUAGAGGUACCUCCUGGGCCAGAAAGAUGGCAUCCAUACGCACAUACGGAAUCCAAACCAACAGAUGCCUAUGGUACAAUAGAAUUUCAGGGAGCACCUCAUCCAAGCAAGGCACAGUAUGUUAGAAUGAGUAGCUUUGACAGUAAACCAGAUCAAGUUUUACAGUUGUUACAGAAACACUGGGGACUGGCAUUACCAAAGUUACUGAUAACAGUUCAUGGAGGAAUAUUGAACUUUGACCUCCAACCUAAGUUAAAGCGUGUAUUCCGUAAAGGGUUGUUGAAAGCUGCCAGGACUACAGGUGCUUGGAUCAUUACAGGAGGCACAAAUACAGGUGUUACCAGACAUGUUGGAGAAGCUAUUAGUGAUAGAACAACCAAAACCAAGAACAAAGUUGUAGCUAUUGGGCUAGCACCGUGGGGAAUUGUAGAGAAUAAAGAAGAUUUAGUCGGCAAAGAUCUGACUGUUCCUUAUCAUUGUGUUUCUGCCAAUAAGUCCAAUUAUGCAGUUCUUAACAGAUCUCAUUCUUACUUCCUGUUGGUGGACAAUGGAACUACGGGAAAAUAUGGUGGAGAAGUCAUCUUUAGAAAGAGGCUGGAGAAAUAUAUUGCACAACAGAAAAUUUCAAUUGCUAGUGGUGUUAAAGGUCGAGGUGUGCCAGUGAUAUGUGUAGUAUUAGAGGGAGGUGCCAACACAAUACGUUCUGUGUUGGAGUAUGUUACAGACUCACCCCCCGUACCUGUGGUGGUGUGUGAUGGGAGUGGCAGAGCAGCUGAUCUGUUGGCAUUUACACACAAGUAUACUCUGGAGGAUGGAACUAUGCCAGAAAGUUUACGUGACCAGCUGAUACUGACAAUACAGAAAACAUUCCUAUACAACCAGGAACAAGCUGAGAAGUUAUUUAUAGAGCUGAUGUUAUGUGUUAAAAAGAAAGAACUAAUAACAAUAUUUAGAAUGGGAGAGGGUGCUCAGGACAUCGAUUUAGCCAUUCUAACAGCUUUACUUAAAGGAACCAAUGCCAGUGCUCCAGACCAGUUAAGUCUGGCAUUAACUUGGGACCGGGUAGACAUUGCACGUAGCCAUAUCUUUGUAUAUGGACAAGAAUGGCCGGAAGGUUCUCUAGAACAAGCUAUGAUGGAUGCUCUGAUUAAUGACAGAGUGGACUUUGUGAAGCUGUUAUUAGAGAACGGAGUUAGCAUGAACACUUUCCUAACAAUAGCCAGAUUAGAAGAAUUGUACAACACUAGACAAGGUCCAUCGAACACCCUACGAUAUCUAGUCAGAGAUAUAAAAAAGCAUGUUCCCUCCAAUUAUCAUUACACACUGUUAGACAUUGGUUUAGUUAUAAAUCAUUUGAUGGAUGGAGCCUUCAGAUCCACAUAUUGCAGGAAAAGAUUCAGACAGAAGUAUAAUGCGAUUAAAAGAAAUCUCCAUUCAAUAGCUGGUACCGUGGGUAACAUGGGAAACCUUGUAACAAUGUUACCUGUCAUCAUCAAUACUAAGGAAGCUCAGGAAUUGUUCCCAUACCCAUUCCAUGAUCUGAUGAUCUGGGCCGUCCUCAUGAAGAGACAGCAGAUGGCGCUGUCUAUGUGGCAGCAUGGUGAAGAGGCUAUGGCUAAAUCUCUGAUGGCAGCUAAGCUUUACAAAGCCAUGGCAAUUGAAGCUGACCAGGACGAUUUAGAAGUCGAUAUUUCUACUGAACUGGGAUCAUAUGCUGAAGAAUUUCGAAAGUUAUCACUAGAACUGUUAGAACAUUGCUACAAAAUUGAUGAUGACUAUACUCAGCAAUUAUUAACCUAUGAACUGAAGAACUUCAGUGAUCAGACAUGUCUGAGUCUAGCUGUGGCCGCCAACCAUAGAGCUUUUAUUGCUCAUACAUGUUGUCAACAGCUUCUUAAUGAAAUGUGGAUGGGUGGAUUACAGAUGAGGAAGAAUAGUAGCUUAAAGGUGAUCAUGGGUGUCCUGUUUCCGCCCGCCAUUUUAUGGUUGGAUUUCAAGAGUAGAGAAGAAUUACAACUCAUGCCUCAGACAAUGGAAGAACAUUUAGAUGAACUUGAGUCAGAAGCUAGCGAUGCUGAGAUGUCAUUCUCUAUCAACGAUGAGCAGGAUAUGUUUUCAGACGAUAUGAAUGUUGGGUCCAGUAAAGAGUCCAUUGCAAAGACCUUACAAGACAAACCAGCCAAUGGGAAUCUGUCUAGACAAAACUCUCUGAUGACGGAUAAUAGCAAUAAUCAAGAAUACUCUCACUUUGUUCUCAGGAAAAAGAAAAGUUCCCUUCGACUUGGGAAGAAAAUAUAUGAAUUUUACAAUGCACCUAUAACCAAAUUCUGGUUUUAUACUAUACUGUAUGUGUUUUUCCUUCUUUGCUUUAUGUACACAGUAUUAGUGAAAACUUAUCCACAUCCAAAUUGGCAGGAAUAUUUCAUGAUGUGUUAUGUUUUGACCCUAGCAUUUGAGAAAUUUAGACAGGUUAUAGCGGCUGAACCAGCAAGGUUUUGGAUGAAACUUAAAGUGCACUAUAGCCAGUUAUGGAAUGUGUGGGAUAGUAUAGCCAUCUGGUUCUUUAUGAUUGGCGUAGGGCUACGAUUCCAUCCUUACACUCUUCAAUCAUCCAGGGUGGUCUAUACAGUUAAUAUUGUAUUAUGGAUCAUGAGGAUAUUAGAAAUUCUGUCAGUCAACAAGUACUUAGGACCUUAUCUUAAAAUUAUAAGCAAACUUCUGAGAGACAUGUCAUAUUUCAUCAUCAUUGUGACACUAGUUCUGAUGAGUUUUGGUAUAGUACGACAAGCCAUACAUUUCCAGAACGAGGAAUGGCGCUGGCAUCUUGUUAGAAAUGUAUUCUUCUAUCCUUAUUGGAUGAUAUAUGGAGAAUUGUUUGCUGAUGAAAUUGACACCUGUUACGAUCCUGAUCGGCAUCCUGAUGGGUGUUCCUAUGCCUCUUGGGUUUCUCCAUUAUUGAUGACACCUUAUCUGCUGGUAGCCAACAUAUUGUUGGUUAAUCUUCUCAUUGCCAGGUUUAAUGCAACUUUUAUCCGGAACAAUGCUCAUUCAGAGGCUAUAUGGAAAUUCCAAAGAUAUCAGCUGAUCUUAAACUAUGAACUUCGACCCAUACUACCUCCGCCAUUGAUUAUGUUCAGUCACAUUUUCCUGUCUUUGAAGUUUAUAGUCAGACGAUGCAAAGGAAAGAGAGAUUUAUUUGACAAUGGACUGAAGUUGUUCUUGUCUCCCGAAGAUACAGAGAAGUUACAUGAUUUUGAAGAAGAAAGCAUGGAGGACUUCUUUAGAGAUAAAGAACAAAAGUUUCAAUCUUCUUCUGAUGAAAGAAUUAGAGUUAUCAAUGAAAGGGUUGAAGGUAUGGCAAUGAGAAUGGAUGAUUUUACACAGAAGGAGAAUACCAUCAAGUUAUCCCUACAGACUGUCGAUUAUAGAUUGAGUAAACUAGAAGAUCUAUGUAUCCACACUUCAGAGAUGACACAACAAAUUAGGAACUAUAUGGCAAGGAGCUCAAGAAAUGUUAGUAUGUCAAGUUCAGGAAGUCAUUGUCGUUUAGAAAGUGAAGAUGAUACGCCACUUGCACCUGGUGAUUUCACAUUUUAUCAAGAUUUAACUGUAAAAGCCGAUACUGGACAGGGUAGUGACAGAUCUUUAAGUGUGACGGAAGCAGUUCGUAGUUUACCUUCACCUCUACUAGUACACUCCAGGAGACCAGUCAAAGAUGACUUCCUUCGUAAAUAUACAGACUAUACAGUACAAUCUUCUCAAGUCUCACCAAGACAUUCUACGGAAAGACAGUGGAGUCAGAAAGUGAGGAGAAGUUCCAUUCCAAUAAUCAGUCUUACAUCAGAAACACAUUCACCACUUCAUCUACGUAGACAUGUACCUGACACUCUCACUGUCAACGUAGAGAAGGCUAAUGUGUAUAGUCCUAAAGCAUCACCGUCACAAACUCCUGAUUUACUGAUGCAACAGAAGGUGACACCUCCGACAGCUGAAGUUGCAGUCAGCCAAGACUCUGAGAAGGACACAAAUGGCAAUGCAUCAUUGUACUCUACGGCACAUCUCAGUUCUAGUAUGGUAAUGACUACAUCCAACCAUUCAGAUGUUCCACGUGUGGAAGUGGAACACACAGAAGUUCCGGUAGCGCAGAUUCCACAUUACGAAGAACAGGAGCAGAUUCAUCCACCAACUUCUCCCGAAAAAUUAUUUGUACAUUCAAAUUCAAUAUUUACAUAUCCAACAUCAGGUUCUUAUACCACUUCAACAUCGGUAGUACCUAUUCUUACCUCAUUUCAUACAGCCGAAUAUACAACGAUUACUGAUGAAAUAGACACGUCUUGUAUGAUUGACCGUAGCCCGCCUGGUAGCCCUACCUCUGGUGGGGCAUUCUUUCCAGAUGGAUUUUUCGAUCCAGAUAAACAGCAUCAUCAGAAGUACAACAAAGAAGCAAGAGAAAAAGAAUUCAAGAAACUGAAAAAUGCUGAAGAAACUGAACACCGUAAGAUGGAGAAAGUCAUUAGAAAUCGUCUCCGUCAAAUCUCUUUAGAUGAGACAGAUAGCAUUAGUGACAUUGCCAAGUUAGUAGUGACAGAACUAAACAUGACUGAAGAAGAACAUAACGGACAUUACGAAGAUGAUAAUGAAGAGUUACAUAGCUCUACCGAGAGUGUUGCAGAAAGUGUUGUUGAUAAACUACAAAAACCUGUAGAUAUAACAAUCGGUGAUUCCUCCUCAGAUAUAGAAUCUGAGAAAUUAUAGGGUGCUUAUUUGUGACAGAUUUGUUAAUAAAUUAAUGUUGUAUUAGACAAGUUAUAUGGUAAUAUAAUAAUUGUUUGUUUUGUAUAAAAUGUAAAAUGAAUAUGUUUAAUAUUCAAGGGAUAUUUUGGUUAUGUUUAGUUAUUUUGUUGAAACUACAUGUAUCAGUAUUACAAUGUUUGAUGUAUUACUGCAUAAGAAAUCUUUGAUUUGUUAUAAUGCAAUAAUAAUUUUUUUACCAAUCUCCAUUGCUUCGGUUUGGUUUAAACUUUCAGUAAAGAGGAUAGAAAGGUAUGAUAAAGUAUAGGUCAGAUUGUUUGGUAUCAGAGCUACUUAUAUUUAUUUUGAAUUCGAAAAUUAUGGGGCAGUUAUCAUAAAAAUCUAUUGUAUUUUAUUCCAAAAUAUUGUAAGAAAUAUUUUUUUAUCAUUGAAAUUAACAAUAAACAAAUGCACAUUCCAGCCAUGCAUUAAGCCCUAACUUUGUUGUCAUGUCACGAUAGGAAAUAUUACCUAUGUUUUGCUGUUUAUUUUUCCUUUUACAUAAAAAGUCAUGUUUUCGAUAUCAACUAAUUCCAUAAGGGUAGGAUAUUUUUUUAUGAGAUUUUGAUACAUCUGACAAUAAUUCAUUGCAGUGCAUAUACUUUUUCUGGUCAUUCUUUUUAUAAGUUUGUUAACCACCCCUCUAGAAAGUCUUGCCUCGUUUUAGUAGUUAUUUAGCCUGUUGUGUUCAAUUUUCUUUACAUUGGUUUUACUGAUGGUGUUUUUUUUCUGAAUCUCAUUGCCCAAGAAGUUAAAUAUUUAUUUGUUUUAUUUUGUGCCAAAAAUAGAGAAUCUCAAUGCAUUAUGCAUGUUUGUAAAAGGCAUAUUUCAUUUGGUUUUCUGUAGCCAUUAUAUAAUGAUUUAUCCCCCUUUGCACCAUUUCCUUUGGUAAUAGAUCAUACUUUAACAUAGGGCUAUCAUGUAGUGCUUCACAUACAGAUCUAAUACCAUUUUACAAGAAAAAAAGAAGAUUCAGUCAUUCCCUUCUAGUUUUUAUUUUUAAUUCUUGAUCAAUUAUUAAAAUGGAAAAUAGCAAGAUUUUCUUUACACAGGAUUGCUAAUUUCAACUGUAUUGCAGAUAGCACACACAGAGAUCAAUUUUUCUGAUAAUGUGCUGUCUAUAAUUUUGUUAUAAUUUUUUUCUUGGUAAAUCAUUGCAAUUUGUUAUAUUUAAUUUAGUCAUUUUUGUUAAUUCCUGUAUUUUUUUUUACCUAGCUUGUUUUACAAUGCUUCCACUGCAGGUGGUUCAUUUAGCAUUUUGUGAUCUGUAUAUUUAAUUGAGACAGGUUAAAGUCAAAUACAUAUCUUAAAAAAAAAUAGCAUAAUUUUCAUUUCAUUUUGAUGCUGGCCAGUAGUUUUGUUUGUUGUGUAAUUCUGUUCACUUAAAUGAAAUGAAAAGAAAAAAAAUACUUGGCUAAGGGGUAUUUCUAAAAGUUUAGAAGUAGAUGUGGUUCGUAGAUAUGAUACAUAUUUCUUUAUGAACAAAGUGAAAAGUUAUAUGCCCCAGACAAGCAUGGAACAAUGCUUGAUGAACAAAGUGAAAAGUUAAAAUAUGACCUCAACAAGCAUGGAACAAAAAUUUCAAAUCUCUGUUCCUGUUUUACUGUAAAAGAAAAGAAACAAGGACACAGGCAUUUGUUUCUGUCAUAAUGGGGUUUACUAUCCAUACCUGUACCAUUUUUCAAACAGGUAUGGAUAGUAAACCCCAUAUUGACAGAAACAAGUGCCUAUGAACAAGGACGAUCAAAGCAAAUUUUGAAGUCAUUUUAUACCGUAAAAGGUCAUGUAUAAUGCGCAUUCAUUGUGACAUGGUACAGUUAUUGGAAGACAAUUAUAUAGGAAUAUUCUCAAAAACAAUGAAUUUAAUGUUGGAAUAUUCAAAUGUAUCAUAUACAUUGUAGUACAUAAUUAUGUUUUAUAAAUCACAUGACAAUAAACUGUGAUACAUAAAAUAGACAAUGGGUUUGUUACACUUUGUGAUGCAAUAGGUAAUAGAUUUUGUUACCCUAAUUGUAUUUUAUUUAUAUUUAAUGUGUGCAUGUAAACUGAUCAAUUUGUUGUGAAAUUGUAUAAAAUUCUGUACAAAAAAACAAAACACACCAAGAUUUUAUUUUGUUACACUAUUUAUAUCUUCAUAUAUAUAUUUUUGCAGAUUUGAAAAAAGCUAUAUGUAAUUGGUCAAUAAUUUUUACCCUGUGCAUAAUAUUUUUUGCUGCUGUCUUUUGAACUAAAGGUCUUUAAAAAUGCAUUUCUUGUAUUCAUAGAUUUUUACCUAUACAUAUUAUAAAUUAUAUUUAUACUUGUAUUUUUUGUCUUUGAAUCUAUAAGAAAGUUUUUUUUUCUUCAAAUUUUUAACUCCAAUGAAAGCUCUUUACAUCAUUUAAUUAUAAAUGUCUUCAUCCAUUAAUUCCAGUUUUGGGGAAUAAAUGAGUUAAUUGAUUCUUAAGUAAAUUAAUUUAAUUGUGACAUCUAAAUUGUAUUUAUAAUUGCUUCACAUUUACAUAUAAAUCUAUUUUCUUUAACCCAGUUAUGUCUUGAUAUUUAUACAAUACCUAUUUCUUCUUUAAUAACUGCAUUGAUUUUAUUUUAAAAUUAUGAACUACUGUAAAGUAAUAAGAAAAGUUAAAGUAUUCUCUUGCAUGAAUUUGAUCUCUAACAAAUAUAAGAAAUAAGAUUAAGAAUCAAGAAAAAAAGGAAAAGAAUACCUCAGGAGUAUGUUUGUUAAUCAAGAAUGAACAGAAGAUUACCUUCGUACUUAACCAUUAUAGCAUUGUUGUUAAUUUUGAUUGACAUUGUAAUGACCAAUCAGAAUUGUUUAAAACUCUGAUUGACAUUGUAAUGACCAAUCAGCAUUGUUUAAAAUACUGAUUGAACUUGUAAUGACCAAUCAGCAUUGUUUAAAAUACUGAUUAUGCAUACCGGUAAUUGUGUAUAUUACUAUGAUGUAAAUAUUCAUGAAAGUGCUACCCUGAUUUUAUUUAUUAAAAAUACCUGUGAUUAUUUAGAAUGGAGCAAAUUUUUAUGCAAGUAUUUUUGAUCAGAUUUAUCAUCUUACGAACAAAGUGGAUUAGCAAUUAAAAGUGUGAAAUAUUA